AUGCCUGCGUAUUAUGCACUCUGCAUAAGCAAAAGUCCUUCUAUAGAAUAUGAUAUCGAAAUUCAUACUCUACAAAAGGACGGCGACAUUGGCGAGUACAAGGUUGGCACCAUGCACCGAAGUCUCACACAGGCCGAGUUCUAUGUGCUCGACGAGCCCGCACGGAAACAGAGCGUCGAGGAGCUGCGGAAGUGGAGUGAAGAAUGUAUCGCCAACGAGGACGACCUCUCCGCGAGGGCAACGGUUUACCGGAAAUGGCACGUAGUGAAACCGGAAGUGGAAGAUUUGAAGGGAUGUUCUCUCAAGCUUGCAGUCGUUGUAUCCCCGCCGCCACUGCCCUCCCCCCCUACUACGCCGUCAAUCGAUCCUGCAAAAGUCCUAGAAAAGAUUGCCCGGAGCUAUGGCAAACCUUCGUCCGAAGCCGAGCCUAAGAACAUGUGUGAUAGGCAGCACCCCUCAAACAUCCUUGGGGCUUACAACGGACGGCCAUUGUACCUAACCCCCCCUCCAAUCGCCAUAUUUCACCCCGUCUUCGCCCAGAUGACUAGAGAAUCGCGCCAGCCUGCCCGCCUCCAUGACUUCACAGCGGACGAAAUCGAUGCAGCAUACAAAUUUCUACUCGCUUGCACCGAAAAUUAUCUCGACGAAUCCGAGUUUCAAGAAGCUAUGCAGCACUUCCCUUUCAUUGGCAGGACCAGAUUCUGGCACGAAUUAAACAUCAACUUAUCGAGCGGCCAGACCAGGUCAAUGCGACUUGACGGUGGUUCCUCCGUCGACGUGGCUCUGCCUGGUGCUAAAUUGGCGGCAGCAUACACCGCUUUAGGAGAACUGAAGAAGUUGGGCGAGCAGGAGGCGGAUGCCUCGAUGCAGGCGAUGGCUGCACACAUGCAGCUAGUUUUGCACAAUAAUCAGUAUGAGCUGAUCCGGCAACACUCCUGCUGUCCUGUGCUGCUCGUGGCCCUCUCCGGCGACAUCUUAAUCAUCUGGGGUGGUGUCUAUGGCGAGCGGUUCUUGUACGAGCCUCUGAUGACUAUUCGUGCUGGACUGCAGCCUAGCAUGUAUUCCGACGACCCUGGCUUUGGCGGCAAUCACGUUGGCGCCGGUGUUCUCGAGGUCGCCAAGGUCCUCAGGGUUCUGCGAAGAGGUGUCGACGCUCUUGAGACCUAUUACGAGGGGCUCUUAUCGUCAUUGCCAAAGAUCAAGGAGAAAAAACCGUCUCGACCAGGCUCCCGGGUGAAGUCCAACGCCGGUGGAGCGUGGACGCAGCCUGUUGAUCUGCCUCCUGCUUCCCCACACUGGUCGACUUUCAUUAUCGGGGGAGUAUCCUACAAACUCCAGUAUGCGGAAACGCUCGUCCCCGAAAGCAUUCAGAAAACCGUCUAUCGUGCCACAGUAAGUCCGCGAUUGAAUGAUCGCACUGACAAAGUCGUCGUCAAAUUCACGCACUGCUACGGCGAAGAGGGUCACCGCUUGCUCGCGGGCAAUGGUCUGGCGCCCGAGCUGUACUACUGCGCAUACGAGCCCACUGUAGACAUGAUUGUCGUCGUCAUGGCCUUCAUGCCUGGGAAGGUGUCUGGGUCGGGUGUAUCGCUUUCUCACAAACAGCAGGGCGACCUGAAGCGCGCAGUGGCUCUCCUUCACGGCGCCGACCUCGUCUUUGGGGAUCUCCGCCGGCCGAACAUCAUCGCGCAUGAUGACACGGUUGCUUUGGUGGAUUUUGAGUGGUGCGGGGCCGCGAUGGAUAACGCGGAGCAAGGAAAACGCCGAGCGAGGUAUCCCGUCGAUAUCAACCUCAGCGAUAUCGAGUGGGCACCUGGGGUGCGGCGCUAUGGGUAUAUCGAGAAGGCGCAUGACUUGUUCAUGCUAAAGUCCCUAUGUACAGAUGUUUAGGCUUGGUG